AUGAUUAGUCGAAUCAAAAAUAAUGUUAAUGCUGAACUAUGCAAAAUACACAAUGCGGAUAUUAUAGAACUUGAAUUACCACAAAUAAAGGCCAAUGGCAAGAAAGGUGACAAAAUUUUUGAAACAAUCCAUGAUAUUUUCAAUGCAGAAAUUGUUGACAAUAAGUUGUUCAUCAAGUUUGAUGGUGGACUCAAACUGGAAGUGGCCUAUGAUGAUUCUGGGGAUCGUGAUAAUGCCAUAAAUAAAUUCGCACGCGUUCAACCCCACUGCCUGACCACAGAAUUCACAAUCAUUGUUAUUCCUGAUACUGCCUUUCCAGAAAAUUCAAAUCCGGGUGCCAUUUCAACGGUGGCAACACUCGAAACGGCUUGUCCUUCUAGUGCUCCAUAUAUCGGCUAUUUGCCCGCGGGAAAUAUUAUUACUGCAAUUCAAUGGUACAAGAUGGAAUGGAAUAGACACCUUGUAUUAGGAUGUGGAGCGAACAUAGAUUUUAAUGAUAUACUUCAAGUCAUAAGAUAA